GCAGCCCAUCUCAUGUUUCUCAUUUGGGAGAUGAGGAAAGUGUUCGGCGCAGCACACCCCAAGCUCCUCGGAUCACGAGUGAGACCCGCUGACAUCUUUCACCUUCACCCGAAGCAUUCUUCUGCCUGGCGCGCGGAGUGCGACCGUGCGAGACAACAUUUCUUGACAACCCAUCCGCGCUGGUCAGCGUGCCCGUCGAGGAGUCUUCACACAGUUCCACUCGCGUUUCUUUACUUCGGUGGAGUCACAGUUGAAAAGUUAGACAUUAGGUUAUUUGGGCAACGUUCAUAAACGUUGUGCCUUUACGAUGGAUAUGGGGAGGCUUAUGCAACAUUUUCUACUUGUGAGCGCGUCGCUUCUCUUGGGCUUCAGCAGGUCUUCAGAAAUGCAAGUGAUUGACAUGCUGGAGCUGCACGACGCCAAGCAGAGUGCGUCCGCGGUGGGGAAGAUGUCGGGGGCUCUGGGCUUCGUGUCGGACCUGUACCUGGUGUCCACUCUGCGACUGCCGCACAAACUGGGAGGAGUGCUGCUGGGCGUCUACAACAAAGACGACAACAGGAAGUACCUGGAGGUGGCCCUCAUGGGCAAGGUCAACAAAGUUCUGGUGCGCUAUGUACGUGAGGACGGUAAACUCCACACAGUGAACCUCCAGAACCCCGGCCUCUCCGACGGACGCACCCAGUCACUCAUCCUCCACGUGGGUGGGCUCCGACGAAACCACCUCCACAUGGAACUCUAUGUUAACUGCCGAUUGGCCGACUCAGCACAGGUCCUGCCGUCAUUUGUCCAGCUCCCAUCAGAGGCGGAGUCUGUGGAGAUACGCAAUGGGCAGAAGGCCUAUGCCAGGCUACAGGGCUCAGUGGACUCUCUGAAACUGGCUCUGGGUGGCUCCAUAGCCAAAGCAGGAAUCUUGACCGAUUGUCCAUUUCAGGGUGAUACAUAUUUUCAAAAUUCAGCUGGUGCCGAUGUUAAUGCCAUUCUGGGUGACCACACCAAGGCUUUGAUUGGCCAGCUGAUCAUCUUCAACCAGAUCCUGGGUGAACUCCGAGAGGACAUCAGACAGGUGAAGGAGAUGUCUCUGAUUAGGAACACCAUUCUGGAGUGCCAAGCGUGUGGCUUCCACGAGCCCCAGUCUCGCUGCGAGCCCAACCUCUGCUAUAAGGGCGUUCCCUGUACAGAGACCCGGGAGUACCCCGGGUACCGUUGUGGUGCCUGCCCAGAAGGCAUGACGGGGAAUGGCACCCACUGCCAGGACAUUGACGAGUGUGCUGUAGCCCGGCCCUGUUUCUCGCCCGAGGGGUGCGUAAACACGGCCAAGGGCUUCACCUGUGAUCCCUGUCCCGUCGGCUUCUCAGGAUCCCUCCUCAGUGGGGUUGGGGUGGAGUUUGCCAAGAGCCACAAGCAGGAGUGCACAGAUGUGGAUGAGUGUGCUGACCUCUCCAACACCUGCAUCCCCAACUCUGUCUGCAUCAACACAGAGGGCUCGUUCAUGUGUGGUCCGUGUAAGGAGAGCUUUGUGGGCAACCAGACGGUGGGCUGUUUCCUGCGGAGGUCCUGCGCCAUGCUGGGCUUCAACCCCUGCGACGUCAACGCCCACUGUGUCAUAAAGGGUGCUGCCGAGGUCUCCUGCGAGUGUAAUGUGGGCUGGGCAGGAAAUGGGUAUACGUGUGGUCCAGACACAGACAGCGACGGCUACCCCGACCAGCCUCUCCCCUGCAUAGACAAUGACUAUCACUGUCGAGCCGACAAUUGUGUGAACACACCCAACUCUGGCCAGGAAGACGCAGACGGAGACGGAAUCGGUGACCAGUGUGACGAAGAUGCGGACGGAGACGGAAUCCAGAACGUGGAGGACAACUGCCGUCUGGUCCCCAACAAGGACCAACAGAACUCGGACACAGACUCAUAUGGGGACGCGUGUGACAACUGCCCCAAUGUUCCCAACGGCAGCCAGAAGGACACCGACGGAAAUGGGGCUGGCGACACCUGUGACAAUGACAUUGAUGGGGAUGGUAUCCCAAACGUGCUGGACAACUGUCCCAAGAUGCCCAACCCUAUGCAGACGGACCGUGACGGGGAUGGAGUGGGAGACGCAUGUGACAGCUGCCCAGAAGUCAACGACCCCUUGCAGUCUGACAUGGACAAUGACCUGGUGGGAGAUGUGUGUGACACCAACCAGGAUAUGGAUGGGGACGGCCACCAGGACUCCAGGGACAACUGUCCAGAUGUCCCUAACAGCUCUCAGCUGGACUCAGACAACGACGGCAUCGGCGACGAAUGCGACGACGACGACGACAACGAUGGCAUUCCAGAUGCGGGACCUCCCGGGCCGGAUAACUGCCGUCUCAUCCCCAACCCCAGCCAGACAGACACUGACAGAAAUGGCAUUGGUGACAUGUGCGAGAAUGACUUUGACAAUGACUCAGUGAUAGACUUGAUUGACGUGUGUCCAGAGAGCGCUGAGGUCACAAUGACCGACUUCAGAGCCUAUCAGACAGUCAUCCUGGACCAGGAGGGCGAAGCCCAAAUUGACCCCAACUGGAUAGUGCUCAAUCGGGGUAUGGAAAUUGUUCAAACCAUGAACAGUGACCCUGGUUUGGCCAUAGGCAUCACAGCCUUUAAUGGGGUAGACUUUGAGGGGACGUUCCACAUCAACACGGCCACGGACGAUGACUAUGUUGGCUUCAUCUUCGGCUACCAGGACUCGUCCAGCUUCUACGUGGUCAUGUGGAAACAGAUGGAGCAGACCUACUGGCAGUCGCUGCCUUUUAGGGCCAUUGCCCAGCCAGGCCUGCAACUGAAGGCAGUUAAGUCACGUACAGGUCCCGGUGAGUACCUCCGUAAUGCCCUCUGGCACACGGGCGACACCCCGGGUGAGGUCACCCUGCUGUGGAAGGACCCCAGGAAUGUGGGCUGGAGGGACAAGACAUCUUACCGUUGGCACCUCAGCCACCGCCCGCAGGUGGGCUACAUCAGGGUGAGGCUGUAUGAAGGCAUGACAUUGGUGGCAGACUCUGGCGUGGUGGUGGACACGUCAAUGAGGGGCGGGAGGCUGGGCGUCUUCUGCUUCUCCCAGGAGCAAAUCAUCUGGUCCAACCUGGGCUACCGCUGCAACGAUACUGUACCAGAGGACUAUGAGUUCUACCGCAAGCAGAUCCACGUCAGGGUGUGACUGAGCCUUGCACAGCAUCUGUGCAGAUACACAACAUCACCUGUGCCUUCGCUGUAUCUUGCGUGUGUGUGUAUGGUUGUGUGUGUGUUUUUAAGGUACAUUUACUUUAAUGUGGGGCUCUUUCUGUCUUUAGCCCACACAACGACCUUACACCUGACUGCAGGUUGGUCAAGUCAAGAGUUUAAGAUUGUUUGACAAAAUAAAAGCUUUUAUUAUUAUUAUAUAAAAUGAUGAAUGAAAGCUACUUUUAAGGAAUUAGGAUCGUGAAAUCCUAAGGUACAUGACUAUGUGUAUAAGGGAAAAUGAAAUACAUAUGUUUGAAAAGUGUAAAAUCCUACUCUUAGACUUAAACUGAGCAUCAUAAAGGUUUCAGACUCACAGUUGACGUCACAUUACACACCACUGAAUCCACUGUUAAAUUGUACAAUAUUUGUCAUGAUGAAGGGUUAACUUAACACAAGGCUGAGUUUAUAAGGAAUUUUAUAAUUUUUUAUGAGGAUCAUCGAGACAGACCUAUGUGGAAGCCUGUGAGAAACCAAUUGCACGGUAAUAAACAUCCAAAUAUAUAUA